CAGGAUCAGGAACCGGAUAUUAUCCCGUAUUCUGGUCCUAAUUUCAACGAUGGAAUGGCUAGAAAAGGCCGAAUUUGUCACUCAAUGAGAACCGGUGAUCAUCUCUGUCACGGCUUCAUCCCACUCAAACGCCUCCUGCCUAUUGAGGUAGAGAUGUGCAAUUACUCGCCAGCUUUCUACGUGAAACAAAAAUCAUACUUUGUAACGUCUUUGAUAGUCUACUCUAUGUGCAAGCAGAUUGCAGCUAUGGGCAUCUACUCAACAAUACCUGCUUUACUGUUUAGCCUUUAGUAUACAUGCCACGUGAUUGGGCUGGGUGGCUGGUAAUCAAUAACUGUUAGUGCC